ACAUGCGGGCUGCGGUAAUAACUAAUAUUGAAGACUAAAGAAAAGCGGAUCAUCAUAAUGAGCGAAUUAAAGACUACAAACGGCUGGAUGCAUACAGAUGGGCGAAGACUGCGUGUAUAUAUACAUGCGGCAUAUACGUCUCGUAGCAAAACAAGAGAAAAGACCAAAGCCACACAAAAUACUACUCCGCCGACUUAUAGUAUAACAUAAUCAAGAGAAGAGAAAUCGGGGAUAUCGUUGGAUUCGUCCGGGGUUGGAGCCGAGUUCCAGCAUCGCUGUAGAAGAAGAAAGGUUGCCAUAGAACUUUACUUAGUUGCCGUCUCUGUGCGCCGGAGGAGGACACUAGCCCAUCGUCGAAACAUCCACUGCCGACGCCGAGGGAAGAAGCUAGUAGCUGUCUGUCGGGGUCGCCAUCAGAAGAGCUGCCUCGCUGCGUCGCCGUUCUACUCUGCUCACCGGUGGUAUUCGGAGAAGACGACUUCCCCUGCUUUACUGCGUGAUUAUUUAGAGACCGGAGUAGAGGAAGAGAAUUAGGAGCAUUGAAUUUGAGGUAAGUUUCUCUGUCAAUCCAAAAUUGUUUCCUCGUAUUAUAUGCUUAUUAUGCAUUAUGUGAUUAAGUGUGAAAAUUUAAAUGUGUACUAUUUUGGGCGACUAAGAAUUUGUGAAAUAUUGGAGAUAUAUUUUGGGUUUUAAUCCCUAGUAUGACUUUGGAGUGAUUUUUUUAUGUAAUACAAUUUUGGAGUAUUUAUGAAUGUGGAUUUUUGGUGGACGUAUCCAUUAAAUGGAUAUUUUGGAAGACUGUGUAUAGAGCAAUGAUUUUUCAAGAAUGAAUAAUGUUUUUUAUAAUGAUUAUUGACAUCUCGAGAGAAACACGAGGUGUGGGUGGUUAGAGCUAUAUACCACGGGUUUAGUUUAGGUUUAUGAUGAUUAUUGGUGGCGGGAGAAAUCCCGGUAAAUAUUGGUGGCUAGGAGAUUCCCGGUAUUUCUUUUGAGAACUUUAAAAGUUCUUUGGUGGCCGCGGUAGUAGUUUCUAAUCACCCGGGUAUCUAACCCAUUGUGAGGUAGGGGGAAGUUGUCCGAACUACUUGGACUUCUUACUACUCGGAGGGCUUGGAAUCCUUUUUAGGGGGUGUGCACACUUAAGGGUGAAGUUCAGUUUCCAAUUGGUGGUCGGUGGGAGCCGGAAUUCCGGGAUGAGUCGUACACAAAAGAUCUAUUUUGAAGAGUGAUACUUUUAAUCGAGAUGUGGAUUGUUUGGAGCUUAUAAGUAUUAUUUUAAACUAUACAGGUAUUUGAGGUUAUAAAGUUGAUAAAUGAUGUUUUUGAUUUGAAAAGAAUUUUGGCGGUGUGAGUAUUUUUAUAUAGUAUUAUAUGAAAAACUAUUUUUCGCCAAACCUGAUUAUUUUACGAGGUUGGGUAGUACUUACUUAGCUCUAAAGCUAAUUUUUGUUAUUUUUCUUGUUCCUUUCUCCUCCCUUAAUUUUUUUAACAGGUGAUGAGUUAUACUCCAAAUACCUUAGCUCUUAGCUCGGUUUUAGCUGGAUUUCCUGAACUGGUUUCCGAAAUCCACUAUUCACAUUCGAAAAACUUUUCCUAGAUCCUUGUAGCUCCUUUUGUGUUAUGGAAAAUCUGGAUAUAGGGUGAAGCUCGUGGUCCUCUUGCGCUCCUUCGUUUGUAGUUUCAUCAUCAUCAGCCGUGUCCGUACAACGUCCCUUGUGACCGUUGGUACGGACUUUCCGCCAUUGGUACGGAUUUCGAAGCUCAAAUUGGAGAGGGGGUGUUGUUUUGGGAUUAGCUUAGUGUUUUGGGGCUCCCUUUGCUCAAAACACUCCCAAAACUCUUCCUACACCCCCUGACCGAGGGAAACAUGGUUACCACUAGAAAGAAUCUGGUCCAAGCUCCACCAAGCUCACCUAUGAUGGGGUGGGAAAAAUCGAGGACAAAAAAGGAUGCACACGAGGGGACUUCGUCCACGGUUAGGAAGAGCAAGACCAAGAUUGAUGGCCAUGUUGAAGAUGUUGUUGAGGGGGAGGAAGACUUCCCACCUUUGGAAACUUCCGUGAAGAAAAGGCAAGGAACUUCUAGGAAAGCUAACAACAACAAAGAGGUAAAUGUUGAAAUUCCUAAUUUGAUGGUUGAAUCACAAGGGAUGGAGGGGGGUCUUAUAGAGGAUUCGGCUCAUGGAAUUAAUGACACCAACAUCAUUAAUGACCAAACCGUUGGAGCUACUCCCUCCUUGGAACUUAUGGUGAAUGAUUUGUUGGAACCUACGGCUACACCUAAUGAAACUCAUAAGGAGAACCUUGAAGAGGAAACUUUGAAUGGGGAGAUUAUUGAGAACCAAGCUAUGGAAAUCAUUGAGACAAUAGACAUAGAGGCUGCAGCUGUACAAAUGGAGGAACCUGAGGUUUUACAAACCAUGGAAGUGCAAAACGAGACAGCUUUGGAGUCAAUGCAACCGAUGGAUGCCGCGGCAAUGGACAAAAAAGAGGAUGCCGCGGCAUUGGACAACAACAAGGGCAAGGUGGACAACAAGGAGGAUGCCGCGGCAUUGGACAACAAGAAGGGCAAGGAGGAGGAUGUGAAUGAGGUCUACCUCAAAGCUCUUGGCCGUUCUAACAAAGGAAAGGACAAAGUAGAGGAGGCUUCUACAUCCACUAAACCGUGGAAAUCCCUAUUUGCAAACAACCGUGAACCCUCUCAAGGUAUGAAACUUACUUACAUCCCCCCCACGAGUGACAUGGUUGAUCUCUCUAGCUACACUCUCCCCUCAAUGGUGGAACUUUGGGGACAUUGUUUGGUUGGGUACUUUGUUGGAACCUUCCCCGGGCCUAAAGCCGUUAAUGCCAUGAUACAUAAGUGGGGAGUUCCUUGCAAAGCUAGACCUCAUAGCAAAGAAUGGAUAAUCUUUAAAUUCCAAAGAGAAGAGGAUAGAGAUCAAGUCCUCCUAGAUGGACCACACUCCAUAUACGGUAAGAUGUGCUAUUUGAAAGUCCUUGAUGAUGACUUCUCUACCACAAGUGAUGAAUUUCUUAAAGUCCCAAUUUGGGUCAAGUUUCAUGGUUUACCAAUGCGAGCUUGGAGAGAAGACAUCAUUAGUGCCGUAGCCUCUAGAGUGGGCAAGCCUCUUGCCACGGACAAGGUCACUCAAGACAAAGCUAGAUCAUCCUAUGCUAGAGUCUUGAUUGAGGUAGAUGCGGCCAAACCUCCCCCACUCCAAUUUGAUGUGAAGCUCCCCUCGGGAAGGAUCUAUAGCCAAAGUGUUGUCUAUGAAACAUAUCCCAAUUAUUGUUUUCAUUGCAAAACUUUCGGCCACCACCCAUUUACAUGUAAAAUCCUUCAUGAAAUUGAGAGAAGGGAAAAGGAAGAGAAAGAACCCCCAAAGGAACCGAACAAACUAUCCUUGUAUGAAGUAGAAGAGCAAAGAAGGCAAAUUUACUCAAUCAAAGCAAAGAAUAGAUGCUAUGAUGAAGUCCAUGAUAGACCCAAAGCUGCCAACAACCAACAACAAGCUGUCCAAAACAAACCAAUUGAUAGAGAGGAGGGGGAAAUCAUUGAAGAGGAAACCACUAUCCUUGAUGAAAACCCCCUUGCCGUGGCUAUCAUUCCAAGCAACCAAGAUGAAUCACUUGGGGAGAAUAAGGAGAUAGAGGAGGGGGUUGUGAAGAAUAGGUAGCCCACCUCUCCCAAAGACAUGGACCAUGAAACACCUCCCAAAGAUAUAGACCUUGACAAGGAAUUUGAGGAAGAGGAAGUUAAUGACUCGGAUGUCAUAAUCAUUAAUGACAUCCGUGAGAGUUAUUAUGAUGAUGUAGUGAUCAAAGUGGACUUUAUAGAGGGGCAGCCACCCAACCUACACACAGCUCAUUGGAAUGACUUGGGGCCGAAUGCAAAGUUGGUUAGACUUGAUAAUUGUGUCUCCGUUACGGACGACUUGGACAAACCGGGGAUAACCUUCACCAAAAAAAUGCCUUGAAAAUCUGCCCGGGGUGAUUAUACAUGAUGACAGGUAUGCCUUUGACUCGUUCUUUAUGCGUAAUAUUCAUCAUCUUUUCCUUGGCAGGUACUUUAGUGACCAUGUACUACAAGGCAACACUUGGAAAAAGAGGCCAUGGAAUGGUAAGAAGAAGAGGCAAGGAGAGGAAGGUGGUACCACCCCAAUUGUUUGAUGAUAAUUACAACUUGGAAUGUUAGAGGCCUUAAUAAGGUCUCAAAACAAACUACUAUCUUUAAUUUCCUUCGUGUUCAUAAUGUACAUAUGUGUUGUUUGCUUGAAACUAAGUUGACUUCUUCUAAUUUUGAGAAACUUAGGAUGAUUAGAUGCCCCCAUUGGUCUUCCAUUACUAAUUUUGAUGUUAUUGAUGGUGGCCGUAUGGCCCUUGUGUGGAAUUCUAAUUUUAUUGACAUUGAUGUGCUUGAAAUUGGGAAACAACACAUCCAUUGUAAAUGUUUAUGUAAGACCACCCAACUGAAUUUCUUGGUUACAUUUAUAUAUGCCUUGUACACGGUGGGGGAAAGAAGAACCCUUUGGGAGCAUAUUACCAACUUGGGGUCAAACAUUAUUAGUCCUUGGCUAGUAAUGGGUGAUUUCAAUUGUGUGUGCUCCCCUAAUGAAAGGAUUGGUCCCACCCCACCCUCGGCAUACCUAAUGCAGGACCUUAUUGACCUUAAACUUAAUGCAAACUUGGUGGACACCCCCUCUACCAGGGAGUUCUUUACUUGGUAUAGGGGUUCACUUUGGGCAAAGUUGGAUAGGGUUUUGAUGAAUUCUGCUUGGAGUGCUUAUGGCAUCACAUGUAAGACUCAUUUCCAUUCCAUGGAGUCUGAGUUUGACCAUGUUGCCCCUUUGGUUACUUUCGGCCAUAACCCAUCCUUGGGGUCAAAACCUUUCAAAUUUUUCAAUAUGUGGCUUAAGCAUGAAUCUUUCCCCUCUAUUCUUCAUGACAUUUGGUUUAAGUUUGUGAUGGGUAAUGCUCAAUUUAGAUUGGUUAAAAAACUUCAAGCUCUUAAGAAACCACUCAAGGAACUUAAUAAGGUUGCAUUUGGACAUAUUUCUUCUAAGGUAAAGGAAUCGAAAAUAGAGUUUAAGAGGGUGCACAACCUUCUCUUAACCUCUCCUCUCGAUGAUACCUUAAAGAAUGAGGUUCAACUUGCUAAGAAGAGAGUGCUCUUUCUUAAAAAGUCCGAGGAUGCUUUCUUUAGGCAAAAAGCGAAGGCCACUCAUUUGUUUCAAGGUGAUAGAUGUACCAAAUAUUUCCAUUCAAUUGUGAAAAAGAGGGCUGCCAAGAACUCCAUUACGGCUUUAAAACUACCUAAUGGGGAGCUUACUACCUCUAUUGAUCAGGUUGCUAAUGAACUUGAAAGUUUUUAUGUUAAUCUGUUUGGAACUCCGGUAAGUUGUCCUCCAAUUGACCCUAGCAUUAUUACAUCUGGGACAUGUCUAAGUAGGGACCAGUCCUUAGGGCUGCUCUCUCCCAUCUUAGACAUAGAGAUUAAGAAUGCCUUGUUUGACAUUGGGGAUGACAAGGCCCCGGGACCAGAUGGAUUUACUUCUGCCUUUUUCAAAGAAAACUGGUCGGUGGUUGGGGAGGAUGUCAUUGAUGCUGUGAAAGGUUUCUUUGAUUCUGGUAGGAUUUUAAAGCAAAUUAAUCACACGAUUAUUGCUUUAAUUCCUAAGACAUCACACUCCCCCACAGAUGCUGAUUUUAGACCUAUUGCUUGCACAAAUGUUAUUUACAAGGUCAUCACGAAGAUUAUUGCUAAUAGAAUGAUUCCUUGUCUACCCGGUUUGGUUGACCAUGCACAGGGGGCUUUUGUAAAUGGUAGACUUAUGAUGGAUAACAUCUUUUUAGUGCAAGAACUGGUUAAGGGGUACACUAGGAAGCAUUGCUCACCUAGGUGUAUGAUUAAGGUGGACCUUAGGAAAGCCUAUGAUACCAUCUCUUGGGAUUUCCUUAAUAGUGUACUCCUUAGCAUUGGUUUUCCUUUGCAAUUUGUUAAAUGGAUCAUGGAAUGUGUUUCAACUGCUUCCUUCUCAAUCUCCCUCAAUGGGACACUACAUGGGUUCUUUCGUGGUAAGAGGGGAUUAAGACAGGGGGAUCCUAUGUCCCCUCUCCUUUUUGUCCUAUUCUUGGAAUUCCUAUCUAGAUUAAUGAACUUGAAAACCACCUCGGGUUUUAACUACCACCCUAAAUGUGGUAGCCUUAAGAUUUCACACCUUGCAUAUGCUGAUGAUCUCAUGUUAUUUUGUAGAGGGGAUACUUAUUCUGUUAAGGUUUUGAUAGAUGCUCUAAAUGAGUUUGGUAAUGUCUUGGGAUUAAGGGUCAAUUUUGACAAGUCAAACAUUUUUUUGGGGGGAGUUAGGGACCAUGAGCUCACGGCUAUACUUGAUUUGGUGGACUUCAAAGUUGGAGCUUUUCCGGUUAAAUACCUUGGGAUCCCCCUCUCCCCCCUAAAACUGGCUGUGGCCGAAUAUGCCCCACUCCUGGAGAAGGUUACAAAUUAUUUGAACGCCUGGAAUACUAAAACCUUGUCCUAUGCAGGUAGAACUGAGCUAAUCAAAUCUGUUAUUCAGGGGGUACAUUCCUUUUGGUUACAGGUGUUCCCUAUACCACAAGCCAUCCUAGACAGAGUGGUUUCACUUUGCCGUAUUUUCUUUUGGGGGUGCAAAUUUUCCAGGGUUGCUUGGGAUGAUAUGUGCCUUCCAAAAGAGGAGGGGGGCUUGGGCAUUAGGCAUACCAAAACAUGGAAUAAUGCUCUUCUUUCAAAGACCUUGUGGGACAUUCAUCUUAAGCGUGAUACUUUGUGGGUAAAGUGGGUGCAUGGGGUAUACCUUAAGAGUAGAAGUGUGUGGGAAUUCUCCCCACACACUAGGGACUCCCAACUUAUGAAGAAGUUUGGGCAGAUCCGAGACCUUUUGGUCUCUAAAUUUGACUCUAUUGGGAGCACAAUUAAUGCCCUUUCCAAGCUUGUUAUUAAUGGGAAGUUGUGCUCCUCUAAAAUUUAUGACCUCAUUAGAAUCAAGAGCAACACUCAGGUUUGGAUGCCUUUCAUUUGGAAAACCUAUAUACCUCCUAAAUUUUCAUUUAUUGCUUGGCUUGCCUUCCGCAAUCGCUUAGCAACUUAUGAUAACCUUAGUAGGCUUGAGGUGAUUAACAUCUGCCCGUUUUGUAAGGGUGAACCGGAGACGGUAGCACACCUAUACUUUGGUUGUCAAUUUACAGGACAGGUAUGGAGCAAAGUGAGAGCAUGGAUUGGGAUGCCUAGGCAGAUGACCACCCUGGAUAGCUCGGUGAAGUGGAUCAAGAAGGACCAUGCGGGUGCUGGAGUCAAAGCCAAAGCUGCCCGGAUUGCAUUUAUCUACACCAUAUACUGGAUAUGGAGGGUGCGGAAUGCAACCAGAUUUGAUGAUGCCAAAGCUCAUGAGGAGGAAGUUUAUGCUAGGAUCCAAUACAUGGUGUAUAAGAUCCUUUAUAGUACUACCCUCAUGAACUUAUUAUGUUUUGAAUUGUAAUGUGUAGUACGGCUCCUUGCCCUUUUGUCUGAUUUGGGAUCGAUAGUAUAGCCCACAGGUCUUGGCAUAUCCCUCGUUGGGAUAGCCCCAUUUUUGCUCCCCCUUUUUGUGGAUGUACUUGUACAUAAACUCUUUGGAUAAUAUAUAAUUACCCUUUAUCCAAA